AUGAAGGCCACACCAGCGCUCGGCAGGAAAAUUGCGCGGCUUGCGCUCACUACGAAGAUGACGAACAAGGGAUUCUACAAGGGAACCGGGUCCGGGUCGACGGGUUCGCAUACUAGAUAUGGAGGAUAUUUGAUCGAUUGGGAUAAAGUCAGGACAUAUGUCGUGCCGGAGAAUCUAAAGGACUUCAAACUCACUCCGUUUGUCACGAAGAAGAUAAAGCCUUUCAAGGGGCGCUUUGAAGGAGAUCCGAAGGGGGCGUUUAGUGGAGAGGCCUAUUUGAACAAGUGGAAGGUGGAGAAUGGCGAAGAUUAA